AUGAGUAAGACGGAAAAAUUGCGACUUGUUCUCUUCGGAGAAGGAGGUGUUGGCAAAUCCGCCAUCACUAUUCGAUAUUUUCAGAGAACUUUUGCGGAGUAUUACGACCCUACCAUCGAGGACAGCUAUACCAAAUGGUGCUCAACAUCUUCAGGAGCACGAGUGUUUCUCGAAGUAACAGACACAGCCGGACAAGAGUCGUUUGAGGCGAUCAGAGACCACUACAUUCAAAACGGCGAUGGCUUCAUGCUCUGCUACUCGGCGACGUGCGACAAGUCCUUCGAUCGCCUUGAUAACUUCAAAGACCACAUUCAAAGAGUGAAGAACUCGACCAAGGUGCCCAUAAUGAUUUGCGCGAAUAAGAUCGAUCUCAAAGCAGAUCGAGUCGUCACGCAGGAGCAAGGGUUCGAAUACGCCAAAAAGGUCGACCCUGAAUCUUCGGAGAAAGUCGCAAAAGACAAAUACAUCGAAACUAGCGCUAAGACUGGAGAGAGAGUAGACGAAGCAUUCCAAAAACUACUCGACAUGACGUAUAGACAUUUGAACGGAAAACCCGAGCAUAAAAGUCCUAUCACCUGCUGUACUAUAUCCUGA